AUGGGUAGAGUUAUGCUGGUGAAUUUUGGGGUUUUAGUACUUGUGAUGAUCUCUUUUGGGUUUUUGUCAAACACUUUGGGACAACAACAAGGCGGUGAUGAUGGUGAUGAUGAUGACUCUGCUGUCUACAUUGUCACACUUAAACAACCUCCCAUUGUUCAUCUUUUUGAUGAAGAGGAGCUUAAACAGAUUAGGCAUAAUAAACACAAAAAGUCCAAAUUUACACCAAAAUUUCCAGCAAGGAACAUUUCAAGGAAACGUCAUGGGAAGUCAAAAAGGCCACCAUCUCUUUCUCAAACUCAUGACUCUUUCUUGAGAAAGACAUUAAAAGGAGAAAAGUACAUAAAGCUUUAUAGCUACAAUUAUCUCAUCAACGGAUUUGCUGUUUUUGUCAGCUCACAACAGGCUGAGAAGCUUUCAAUGAGAAGAGAAGUAGCAAACAUAGUGUUGGAUUUCUCUGUUAGGACGGCAACAACAUAUACUCCACAGUUUAUGGGUUUACCAGAAGGAGCAUGGGCCAAACAAGGUGGAUUUGAGAUAGCUGGAGAAGGAAUCGUUAUCGGAUUCAUCGAUACCGGAAUCGAUCCGACUCAUCCUAGUUUCAGUGACAAUGACAUAAACUCUCAGCAGUCAUAUCCAACACCUAAGCAUUUCUCAGGUGCUUGUGAAGUUACACCGGAUUUUCCAUCAGGAUCUUGCAACAAGAAGCUAAUCGGAGCUCGGCAUUUCGCGCAGUCCGCUAUAACUAGAGGAGUCUUUAACUCAUCAGAAGAUUAUGCUUCUCCUUUCGAUGGAGAUGGCCAUGGAACACACACAGCUUCGAUUGCAGCUGGUAACCAUGGAGUUCCGGUGAUAGUUUCUAACUAUAACUUUGGAAACGCUAGUGGAAUCGCUCCUCGUGCAUAUAUUUCUGUUUACAAGGCAUUGUACAAGAGUUUUGGAGGCUUUGCUGCAGAUGUUGUUGCAGCUAUAGACCAGGCAGCUCAAGAUGGAGUAGAUAUACUAAGUCUAUCGAUUACACCGAAUCGAAAACCUCCUGGUGUUGCCACUUUCUUUAACCCUAUAGAUAUGGCGAUGCUAUCCGCUGUGAAAGCCGGCAUCUUCGUGGUCCAAGCUGCGGGAAACACCGGUCCAUCGCCUAAAAGCAUGUCUUCUUUUAGUCCUUGGAUCUUCACAGUUGGUGCUUCUUCUCAUGAUAGAGUUUACUCUAAUUCCCUAACCUUAGGCAACAAUGUAACCAUUCAAGGCGUAGGGUUUGCAAUUGCUACGGAUGAUGGGAAGAUGUACAAGAUGAUAUCUGCUUUCCAUGCCUUGAGCAAUAGUACUUCUUCAGAUAAAGAUAUGUAUGUUGGUGAAUGUCAAGAUUAUGAAAAUUUCAGUGAAGAUCUUGUCUCUGGGAGUCUUCUCAUGUGUAGCUACUCUGUUCGUUUUGUUCUCGGGCUUUCUACUAUAAAACAAGCUCUACAUGUUGCCAAGAACCUAUCCGCGGCUGGUGUUGUGUUCUACAUGGACCCGUUUGUUCUUGGUUUUCAGAUCAAUCCAACGCCAAUGGACAUGCCUGGAAUCAUAAUCCCUUCUGCAGAAGAUUCCAAGAGUUUACUUAAGUACUAUAACUCUUCUUUACAAAGAGACUUAAGCACAAAAGAGAUUGUUGGAUUUGGAGCCGUUGCAGCCAUUGAAGGCGGUUUAAAAGCUAACUUCAGUAACAGAGCUCCUAAGGUUAUGUACUACUCAGCAAGAGGACCUGAUCCAGAAGACAACUCUUUUAACAACGCAGACGUAUUAAAACCGAACCUGUUAGCUCCUGGAAACUCUAUCUGGGGUGCUUGGAGUUCUGCUUCCACUGAUUCAACCGAGUUUCAAGGUGAGAAAUUUGCGAUGAUGUCCGGUACAAGCAUGGCUGCUCCUCAUGUAGCUGGUGUCGCUGCACUGAUCAAACAAACGUUUCCGCAGUUUAGUCCUUCGGCGAUCGCGUCCGCGCUUUCGACAACCGCUCUUCUUGAUGAUAUUAAAGGCGGUCCGAUAUUGGCUCAGCGUGCUUAUGUGAAUCCUGAUCAAGACCUCUACACCGCAACGCCGUUUGAUAUGGGAAGCGGUUUCGUUAACGCAACCGCAGCUUUAAACCCUGGCUUAGUUUUUGAUACCAGUUUUGAAGACUAUAUGUCAUUUCUCUGUGGGAUCAAUGGCUCGGAUCCGGUUGUAUUUAACUACACCGGGGUUAGUUGUUCUGCGAAGAAUGGAACAAUCAGCGGUUACGACCUUAAUUUGCCGUCGGUUACAGUAUCUACGCUUAAUGGAUCACAAACUUUUAAAAGAUCGGUGAGAAACAUAGCCGGAAAUGAGACGUACAAUGUUGGUUGGAGUCCUCCUUAUGGUGUAUCAAUGAAAGUAUCUCCUGCUCAAUUCUCUAUCGGCAUGGGAGAGACUCAAGUAGUUAGCGUAACACUCAAGGCGACAAAGAACAGUUCAAGUUCUAGUUUUGGAAGAAUCGGAUUGUUUGGAAGCGCAGGACACAUUGUUAAUAUGCCUGUAUCUGUUAUAGAGAAGAUCACUUCGAGCUGA